UGUCCCCCCCUGCAGGUGAUGCUGCUGUGCUGGGUGAAGUUCCUCCCCCUGCGGAGCCGCCAGGAUGGAAACAGCACCAUCAGCUCGGGGAAGGCGGCGGCCAUCGCCUCCACCUGCAUCAUGGUGCCCUUCGGCCUCGUCUUCAUCGUCUUCGCCAUCCACUUCUACCGCACGCUCGUCAGCCACAAGACGGACCGGCAGAUCCGCGAGCUGGAGCAGGUGAUCCAGCUCCAGAGCCAGCUGGACCACCGGCCCGAGAACGAGGACCUGAAGCCCCCCCUCCACUUCGCUUAACGUGCCCCCUCUCGUUGUUGUUCUGUGUGUGUGUGUGUGUGUGUGUGUGUGUGUGUGUGUGUGUGUGUGAGAACACGUCCAAAAGGCAACAAAAAGGA